AGAACAUACAUAUUAUCCAAAGAUUUCUCAAUUAGUUGUAUGGAUUUGAAGUUUUGGUGAGCUUUCAAAGGCUUUGUCCUCAUAGUCCUCAUCCGAUUGCCGAUACAAGCGCAAAUCGUCGCGUACCUCGUUAUUCACAUAUAGUAUAUAUCGUCCAUUCACAUGUGCACGUGUCCAACCUCCUAGCAGGUGAUCUCCCUAUCCACUGUCUCUCGAGCCUCAAGUCCUCAAGUUUGUUUCCACCGGAAACACUACUCGGAUACAUCUCAUUAUUCUAUACUUCACUCCUAAUAUCUUACAUUGAACCAAUUUUCUCAGAUUUCACCAUACUCUGUUCAAAGUCUCCUCGAACGGUUAAACUAGAUCUUCACAUUUCCUCACUCAUUCAAAAUGUCAUUCUGGCUAGGAGUUGUAGCCUGCUACUUUAUUGCAAUCGCACUCUCCUCCCCAAUCCAUGAUGGAAAUAAAGCACAGCCUAGAUCUGUCGUAGAUUUAGGAUAUUCUCAAUAUCAAGGUGCCUUGCUAAGUUCGGGAAUUACUCAAUACCUUGGAAUGCGAUAUGCAUCUCCUCCUGUUGGCGAUUUAAGAUUUCGCGCACCUCAACCGCCGCAAAGGACAAGUGGUAUUCAGAAUGCACAAACGGUACAUGAUUCUCACAUGCAAAAUUAUAUAUUCACUAAUAUUUCCCUUUAGUUUGGACCGAUCUGCCUCGCUACUAACAAUGGACCCACCUUCUCACAAUCAGAGGAUUGCCUUUUCGUCAAUGUAUGGGCACCCAGCACUGCCACAUCCUCUUCCAAACUUCCAGUUUGGGUAUUCAUACAAGGAGGCGGGUAUAUCUCCAACUCUAAUGCCAAUUUCAAUGGCUCAACAGUAGUCAAUACAUCGAAUCAUGGUAUCGUCUUUGUCAAUUUUAAUUACAGGGUUGGUCCAUUUGGAUUUUUGACAAGCGAGAAAGUGAGAAGUGAUGGUGAUUUAAAUGCAGGACUUCUGGAUCAACGUUUCCUGCUACGCUGGGUUAAAGAUAAUAUCGCUCAGGUAGGUAUGGAUUGUCCGAUCCCUUGAAAAUUUACUAAAAAAAAGAUACAGUUUGGCGGUGAUUCAAAUCAUGUGGUCAUUCAUGGAGAUUCUGCUGGCGCUGGUUCGGUCGCCCUUCAUCUUACUGCAUAGUAAGUCCAGACGGCCUGAUAUGCUCUUUUAUUGACUUCGAGAUAGUGGAGGUCGAAACGAUAAUCUCUUCAUCGGCGCAAUCGGCGAAUCUGUUUUCUUUCCCACACAACCUCAAGUAUCAGGAUUAGAAUGGCAAUUUGACCGUUAUACAAAUUCAGCCGGUUGUGGAUCAGCAGGUGAUGUUCUUGGGUGUUUGAGAUCUCAAAGUACAGCGGUUCUUCAAGCUGCAAACAUCGCUUCUCCAUAUCCAGGACAAGUGGGCUCACCUCUUUUUUAUUGGACACCAACUAUUGAUGGAGAUUUUAUCCAAGACUAUCCUUAUGUUCUAUACGAGAAAGGAUUAUUUGUGAAUAUACCAAUUAUGUUUGGACGUUGGUUAUCCUAUCUAAUCCUCUCAAUCUAUGUUAACGUUUACUUAUUACUUCAAUAGACACAACAGAUGAGGGCUCCGCCUUCGCCUCCAACGCCGCCACCUCAAAUGACGUUUCCAUCUUCUUCGAAAACAACUAUCCCCGUCUGACUCCUUCCGAUACAUCCUCCAUAAAUGCCCAAUACCCACUGAUGUCUCCUCUUGCAAACCACAAUCCAUAUUUUCCCUCCGCCUCUGCCGCCUAUGGUGAAACAACAUUUAUCUGCCCCGUCAUAAUCAUCUCUAUCUCCCUCGCUACCUUGAACGAUCCAGCGCAGGUAUGGAUCUACCGCUACAACGUGCAGGACAAUAACAAUAUCGCCAAUGGACUAGGUGUCCCUCACGUUUUCGAAUUACCAGCAAUAUUCGGCCCCGGAAAUGCAAAUGAUGGGGAUGGAGGAAGUUACAGGACAUACAAUGCAGAUAUUGUUCCAGUGGUAAUGAAAUACUGGAUAAGUUUUAUUAAAUUUUUGAGUCCGAAUCCUGGAAAGGAUGCGAGUGCGCCGCAUUGGGAAAGUAUGGGGAUGCCUUCUGCGGCGGGUGGGACGCUGAGGAGGUUGGUACUGCAGACAGGGGCCAGUGCCAUGGAAGUUAUUCCGGAUGAUCAGCUUGGGAGGUGUAUUUUUUGGACGGGAUUGGCGGGAAGGAUGGAGCAGUAGUUUGAGCUUUGAGAUGGAAACGGGGAGAGAGGCUUUCCCUCUGUUUUAUGGAGUAAGGGGGCUGGGGUUUUCAUAAUUUGGGUUUCAGUCAUUUAUGUGCCGGUGGUUAAGGCAUUCGGUGGUUAAGAAUUCGGUGGUUUGUGAUAGUCAUCAGAGUCAUCAUAAUGACUUACUAACUUUAUAAUGUCCUCGUUAACAUAAAUUGAUGUUUUUAAAGUGAUGUUUUACUGACAGAGUCAUGCGUCCAAUGUUUGAUUUAGAUAACCAUCACAGUAGUUCUAUGAUCAACCAACAAGCUUCAAUAUCAUUA